AAUUGAAGUACGCUCCAAAACCCCAGAGGCGGAGGUAGAACAGAGAGACGCGGACGCUUCACUAACGUUCGCCAAGUGUGUGAUAGAAUAAUAUUCCAAAACCCCAGUCUCUCUCUCUCUCUCUCUAUCUCUUCGCUUAAUAGAAUAGAGAUAAUGGAGGGAGGGAAUACGAAGAAGAAAUCAUCUCCUCUCACUCUCCAACAAUUCGUCUCCAUCACCGCCCCUCUUCUUGAUUUGGAGAAGGAAGCUGAGAUAUCAGCGUCAAUUAGUACAGGCGCGUCCAGAAAUGUAGAGACUGCUCAAAAGAAGGGCUCCACUAUUCUCAACUUGAAAUGUGUUGAUGCCCAGACAGGUCUAAUGGGGAAAACUCUUCUUGAGUUCCAAUCUACUAAAGGGGAUGUUCUUCCUGCUCACAAGUUUGGAACCCAUGAUGUGGUUGUUUUAAAACCAAACAAGGCUGAUUUAGGGUCUCCUGCGCUUGGACAAGGGGUCGUUUACCGGUUAAAGGACUCAUCAAUCACUGUUGCUUUUGAUGACAUCCCAGAAGACGGUCUGAAUGGUUCCCUUCGUCUAGAGAAAGUGGCAAAUGAGGUUACCUACCGUAGGAUGAAGGAUGCAUUGAUACAAUUGAGUAAAGGUGUGCAAAAGGGGCCUGCUUCUGAUCUCAUUCCUGUCUUAUUUGGAGAGAGGCAACCGACAGUGACGAAGAAGAAUGUUACAUUCACCCUCUUCAACUCCAACCUAGACCACUCUCAGAAAGAUGCCAUUUCGAAAGCCCUGUCAUCAAAAAAUGUAUUUUUGCUGCAUGGGCCUCCUGGAACUGGAAAAACUACUACUGUAGUGGAGAUUAUCUUACAAGAAGUGAAACGUGGAUCAAAGAUUCUUGCAUGUGCUGCUUCAAAUAUUGCUGUAGACAACAUUGUUGAGCGACUUGUUCCUCACAGAGUAAAGUUGGUGAGAUUGGGGCAUCCUGCACGUUUACUACCUCAAGUAUUGGAGAGUGCACUAGAUGCACAGGUUUUGCGAGGGGAUAAUAGUGCUCUGGCUAGUGACAUUCGGAAGGAAAUGAAGGCCUUAAAUGGGAAGCUGUUAAAAACAAAAGACAAAAGCACAAGGAGAGAAAUUCAGAAGGAGCUUCGGACUCUUUCUAAAGAAGAGCGUAAAAGACAGCAACUGGCUGUUAAAGAUGUAAUUAAAAAUGCUGAUGUGGUGUUGACAACUUUGACUGGGGCAUUAUCCCACAAGUUGGAUAACACUUCUUUUGACUUGGUGAUCAUUGAUGAAGCUGCUCAGGCACUUGAGAUAGCAUGCUGGAUAGCUCUACUAAAGGGUUCAAGAUGUAUACUUGCUGGUGAUCAUCUGCAGCUUCCUCCAACCAUCCAAAGUGUUGAAGCUGAGAGGAAAGGUUUAGGAAGAACCCUCUUUGAACGACUUGCAGACAUGUAUGGAGAUGAAGUUGUGUCAAUGCUCACUGUCCAGUACCGUAUGCAUGAGCUUAUUAUGAAUUGGUCAUCUAAAGAGCUUUACAGCAGUAAGGUUAAAGCCCAUCCGUGUGUUGCUGCGCAUAUGCUUUUUGAUCUUGAGGGUGUGAAGAGGACCACUUCGACAGAACCAACCCUUCUUCUCAUAGACAUAGCUGGGUGUGAUAUGGAAGAGAAGAAGGAUGAAGAAGAUAGCACAUUGAAUGAGGGUGAAGCUGAGGUUGCUAUGGCCCAUGCAAAGAGACUUGUUCAAAGUGGAGUCCAGGCUUCUGAUAUUGGAAUUAUCACCCCUUAUGCUGCACAGGUUGUGUUACUGAAGAUGUUGAGAAGCAAUGAAGACAAAUUGAGGGAAGUGGAAAUCUCAACAGUUGAUGGCUUCCAAGGACGAGAAAAGGAAGCUAUUAUUAUUUCGAUGGUUCGAUCGAACUCAAAGAAGGAGGUGGGAUUUUUGAGUGACCACAGGCGAAUGAAUGUGGCUGUGACACGGGCUAGAAGACAAUGCUGCCUUGUCUGUGACACUGAGACAGUAAGUAGUGAUGGAUUCUUAAAGCGAUUAAUUGAGUACUUUGAGGAGCAUGCUGAGUAUCUAAGUGCUUCAGAGUAUCAAAAUGAAUAAGCAAAGAUACCUAGAAAUGAGAAAAGCAGAAGAAUGGUUUGGAGAGAAGUAUGGUGGUAUAGCAGAUUGGAGGUGUGUUGUUGUUGAAGGUGAUGCAGGGCCUCAUUUUUGGUUCAUUUCACUAAAAAAUCCUAAGUUGGUCUGAGUAUUGAAGACGUAAAAGGCUUUUUUGUAUUGGGCUGGGACCAGUUGAAUUUCCAUUAUGUAAAAGUCGAUAUGAAUGGGCCUGCAAAAUACUUUGUUUACGUAGCAAAGAAUGAAGAAAUGUGGGUUUGUGCCUA